GUUGGACAGAAACCAUUUCAGUGUGCCAGAAGGACCAUGUUUAAUCUGAAUUGAACCACCCCUUUUACUUUCUUAGCCAAAUCACCAACACGUCCUGUUAAAGCAAGAAUUUAGCAUUCUGCGAAAGAAGUUAACAGGAAGAAAAUAUUCUGAAAUGGAUCCCAAAUAUUUCAUCUUAACUUUGUUUUUUGGAUACCCGAACAAUAUGUUUUUCACAAACACAGAAACAAUUACAACAGAGACGACACAAUCUACUUUAUUUACAUCACCAAUGUCAUUCAUCUCAGCUAAUUCUCAAAACACAACAGGGAAUGCUUUGGGUCAACCAACAGAUUUCAGUAACACUUCUCCUGGACAACUAUCAUCCGCCAAGACUGCUAGACAAUCAACACCAACUAUUUCUGUCUCUUCUGAAAAACCAACAGCUCAUAUUUCUGCUAGGCAACUUGCCUAUAAUAUCACCAGACAACCAAUUCCAACAGUCAACAUCUCCUUCCCAUUGACAGCAUUGCCUGCAUUCACCCCUGCCAGAGAGCUUCCAUCUUCUGCCCACACUUCUGUCAGACAACCACCAGCACCAUCUGUCUACCCUUCCACUAAACAACCACCAUCAAAUAUUCACACUUCUUCUGGAAACCCAGUCCUAUCAACUGCUGGUAAUCUAUCCACAUGGCCAAUAUCGACAGUCAAAAACUUACCUAAGAACACACCAGGAUUCAUUUUAGAAACUACUAAAGACAAAGAAGUUAUUAAAAAAACAGAUUAUAGUUCAACAGCUGGCAUAUUAGUUGGUACAAUUCUGACUUUUAUGUUGGUAGCUAUAAUCAUGAUUGUACUAUGGAAAUGCUUGAGGAAACCUGUUUUAAAUGAUCAAAAUUGGGCAGGCAGGUCUCCAUUUGCUGACGGAGAAACCCCCGAUAUGUGUAUGGAUAACAUUAGAGAAAGUGAACCUUCCACAAAACGUACAUCAAUUAUUUCACUUAUGCCUUGGAAACCAAGCAAAAGUGCACUUUUAGCAGAUGACUUAGAAGUUAAGUUGUUUGAAUCAAGUGAAAACAUUGAAGAUGCCAACAACACAAAAACAGAUGAAAAAAAGGGUAAAGUAAAUGGUACAUCAGAGGACAGUGCUGACAGGUCAACCAUCGGCACUGCUGUUUCCUCUUCGGAUGACACGGAUCUGCCUCUGCCACCUCCCCUUCUUGACCUGGAAGGACAGGAGAGUAACCAAUCUGACAAACCCACGAUGAUCACUCUCUCUCCUCUUCCAAACGACUCUGCCAAUCUUCAGCCAUCUCUGGAAGGUCUAAAUCAAGCCUGUGAAGAUCCUAACUCUGAUACUGACCAAUCGUUCCCAUUGCCCCCUGAGUCAUUUAACUUGCCUUUGCCACAAGAAGAUUUUAUAAAAAGUCAGGAAGAUUCCAAUGAGAUUCAGUGUCAGGAAUUCUCUAUUCCUCCUGAAUCUGAUCAAGAUCUUAACGAAUUCCUGCCGCCACCACCUGCAGAACUGUUAUAAGUAUUACAAUUUGCUUUCUAGCCGAACUUCUAUCCUUAAAUGUCUCCAUCCCUUGUUUUUCAUGGGAUAAAGUACAUAAAAUGAUAAAUGGUAAUCAAUUUUGAUUUUUGUUCAGGAACUAUCUGAAAUCUGCUUAAAACUCAUGUGUGUAAGUGUAAUUUAAAAAAUUAUUUUAACAGUAAUGUACUUACCAGCUAUUGUUCCCUAUCUUUCAAGUACAGUAUAUUUUACAUGUGUGGAUGCUAUAUAUGUCAAUAACUUAAACUUUUUGGAAACAAGUACUCUACAUAUACCUGUUACCCAAUACGUUUUUCUGUGAAGUGCUAUGUAUACACUUACUCUGAAUACAUAAAAUUGUAUUUUUCCAUUUCAGAGUGUGAGGUGGUAGGAAAAGAGAUUAAGCAAAUACUCUCAAAUUUCAAGUUAAUAGUUCAUGUGCUAAAUAAAUAUUCCAAAUUUAUGGGAAUGAGAGAUUAAAAUGCAUGUUCAAAGAA